AUGCGAGUAAAUUCUUCUGGGGAUAUACCGGGAGGCAGGAAGUAUCAGGAGAAGACUAUACUGAAGAAGAUCUUGCAGCUAUUUUCAGAUCUCAUAGCUCAAUCUCUCGCAUCUCAGUCACAGUCAAGUGAGAUCAUUGAAUCGAAGAUCAUCAAUGACCGUGAGACCGAGAGGUCUAAGGGCUUCGUCUUCGUCACUUUCAAUAAUGAGAAGGCCAUGAGGGACGCGAUUGAAGGCAUAAACGGCCAGAACCUCGACGGUCGUAACAUCACCAUCAACGAGGCCCAGUCUCGUGGAAGCGGGGUGGUGGUGGCAGUAACGAAGGUUACAGCCGAGGAGGAUAUGGCAGUGUUGGCUACGAAGGUGGCGGUCAUCGUGAAGGCAGUGGGGAUAGCGUCUCGAUGA